AUGGGAGAUUUUGAUUCUUCCGAUGCUUUCUUAAUGGAUCGGAAUCCCAUCCGACCACCUCUACCAUCAAGGAAAGACUUUGAGAUCAAGCUUCAGGUCAUUGCCUUGGUGAAACAAAACCAUUUCCAUGGUUUGUCCAAUGAACAUCCUCUUGAUCAUGUCGACGCCUUUGAGGAGAUAUGCAGCACAACUGGCAUCAAUGGAGUGUAUGUGGAUUACUUCAAGUGCAAGUUGUUCACUUUUUCUCUAAGUGACAAGGCACUUAGAUGGGUCAAGUCUUUACCAACGCAGUCUAUUACAACAUGGAAUGAAUACAGGGGAGCUUUCUUAAAACAAUUCUACACAAAGUAA